AUGGCUGCAUCACAUUCAAUCAUCAUCUUCAUCGCAACACUUGUUGUUCUUGCAACUUCAAUAUCCGCCAUGGAAUACAUUGUUGGGGACAAAAGUGGUUGGACUCUCGACUUUGAUUACCAAUCUUGGGCUAAGGAUAAAGUUUUCAUCGUUGGAGAUACACUUGUAUUCAAUUAUGCAUCUGGUGCCCACAAUGUGAUGAAAGUCAAUGGCACCGGUUUUCAACAAUGUAUAGUUUCAUCUUCGAAUGGAACUUUAACAAGUGGAAGAGAUAUCAUCCCACUUCAAACGCCAGGAAGAAAAUGGUACAUUUGUGGUGUUGGGAAGCAUUGUGAGUUAAGAAACAUGAAGCUUGUUAUCACUGUUUUACCACAAACAAUAACUCCCGCUCCGAGCCCAGUACCAAUAUCUGCAUCGACCAAAUUGAUAGUAACAAGAGUCUAUGGCAUUGUAGUUGCAUUAUUCGGCAGUGUUUUGUUGCUCUUGGUUUGA